CCAAUCCCAAAGUGUUCUCAUUUUCCAACCCAAACACGCUUAGAUAUUGACUUUUAAUGUACUGAUGUUUCCUGCCUCUUUCUCAGCUCCACUUUUUCCUUCUUUCUCACUACUACUGCCAUGGACUUAAGAGGGUCUUCUACGUUUUCAGUGUUAGGAUUUUACUAUUAAAUCAUUGGACCAUUUCAUUAUCUGGGUAUACAUAGCAAAAAUCUGAGAUGAAAUAGUUGUCUGCUGCUAUCUUCUUUGGCUGGACCUUGUGUCUCUUUUUUGGUUUUCAAUGAAAUAUCUUAGGCUUAUUCUGGGUUUGAGUAGUAAAGAUGUUGAUGCUUUUGCUUUUACUAUACUCAUAAUCUGGUCAUUGACUGGGAUCUUGCUUGGUACAACCAUUACUCCAACACAUGCCAGUUUGAGUGAUAUUCAGUGCUUGCAAACCAUAAAGCAAUCUCUCAGUGACCCUAAUCGCUACUUGAGCUCUUGGAAUUUCAACAACAAAGCCCAAGGCUUCAUCUGUAGUUUCUUAGGUGUGGAGUGUUGGCACCCAGAUGAGAACAAAGUUCUCAACAUUAAACUUUCAAACUUGGGCCUUGAGGGUCAGUUCCCUCGUGGCAUCGAGAAAUGCACCAGCUUGACAGGCUUGGAUCUCUCUGGCAACAACUUAUCCGGGCCUAUCCCUUCCAACAUUUCCUCCAAACUCAACUAUGUGACAUCUCUUGUCCUCUCAUCCAACAGGUUUUCUGGUGAGAUUCCUCUUAGCCUAGCAAAUUGUACUUACUUGAAUGUACUUAAACUUGACAACAACCAGUUCAACGGAAGCAUUCCUUUGCAACUCGGCCAGCUCAGUCGGAUGAAGACAUUUAGUGUGGCCAACAAUCUCUUGACAGGGCCAGUGCCUUCUUUCCAAAACAACACCAACAUCACCGCAGAUGACUAUGCCAAUAAUCCAGGACUUUGUGGGAAACCGCUGGAACCCUGCCCAGAUUUAAAGAAAAAAUCUCAAUCUGGGAUUAUUGUUGCUGCUGCUGGUGGAGUAUCCUUAACAGCCAUUGUUUUGUAUUACUUUUCGCCUAGAGUUAUGAAGAGGAAGAAGGAAGAUGAUCUUGAGGGUAACAAAUGGGCCAAGAGCAUCAAAGGAACCAAAGGCAUCAAGGUGUCAUUGUUCGAGAAUUCAGUUUCGAAAAUGAAGUUUAGUGAUCUCAUGAAGGCUAGUAACAACUUCCACAAAGACAACAUCAUUGGUAGCAGUGGAAGAACUGGAACAAUGUACAGAGCAAUGCUUCCUGAUGGUCAGUUCCUCAUGGUUAAGAGGCUGCAAGACUCUCAACGUUUGGAGAAAGAAUUUGCUUCCGAAAUGAACACACUGGGACGGCUCAAGCACCGUAACUUAGUUCUUAUGUUGGGAUUUUGCUUGGCAGAAAAGGAAAAGCUUCUGGUGUACAAACACAUGGAGAAUGGAACAUUAUAUGAUCGACUACAUCCUUUGGAAUCUGAGGUCACCAGCAGCAGCAGCGGUAGCAGCAUGGACUGGCCAUUGAGGCUUAGAAUAGGAAUUGGAGCAGCCAAAGGUUUGGCAUGGCUUCAUCAUGGCUGCAACCCUCGAAUCAUCCAUCGAAACAUCAGCUCGAAAUGCAUACUGCUGGACAAGGAUUUUGAGCCAAAGCUAUGUGACUUUGGGCUUGCAAGGCUUAUGAACCCAGUUGACACCCAUUUGAGUACUUUUGUGAAUGGUGGGUUUGGUGAGUUGGGUUAUGUGGCUCCUGAAUAUCUUACCAAGUUGGUGGCCACUCCAAAAGGGGAUGUCUACAGCUUUGGAGUGGUUCUGCUGGAGUUGAUUACAGGUGAGAAGGCAACUGGCGUGGUCAGAAAUAGCCAAGGUGGUGGUGGUGGUGGUGGUGGUGGUGGUGGUGAGUUCAAGGGGAGUUUGGUGGAGUGGAUUAGCCAACUCUCAAGCGAUUGUGCUCUCCAAACUGCCAUUGACAAAGGUUUGGUGGAGGAGGGUUUGGAGAAUGAGCAGACACAGUUUCUAAAAGUGGCUUGUAACUGUGUAUUGUCAGCACCAAAAGAGAGACCAACCAUGUUUGAAGUGUACCAACUCCUCCGAGCCAUUGGUGAGAGAUACCAUUUCAGCACAGAGGGUGAUGAGAUGUUGGUACCAUCCAACACCAUCACUGGUGAUGAUGAUGAUAAUAAUGAACUUAUUGUAGCUCAAUCACAUGAAUUAUCAUUGCAACUUGAUUGAGGCCUAAACACUAAAUAAUACUAAAUUGUACUAGAGCUGUCUUUAGCACAAUAUGUGUGUUUCUAUGUGUGUAUAUACACGAAUACACAGAACUAUGAAAUUUUGUCUCAAAUUAUAUAGUCACUGCAUUAAUAUAUUUCCUAGGUUUUAAAAAUUAA